AUGUCCACCACCGUCACCUCCUCCGCCGCGGCCGCCAGCGCCAGCACCGCCUGCGCCGCCCAGCUCUACAACCAGCCCAACCAGGACAACACGUGCGCGCUCCGCUACACGGAUCGUUACCUCCCCAUGAUGGAGAAGUGCUGCGGCGACGCAAAGAUCGUUAGCUACUACGACGACUGCGGUAUCUACUGCGUCGCCCUCGACCAGACCAUCGACGACCUCAGCAGUUGCCUCUUCAAAGCGGGCGCCGCCGACGCCGACGUCUUUUGCAGCGGAAACAACAAGACCACAAUGACAAAGGACGCCGAGGUCCCCGCCACCGCCCAGGCGAGCGUUGUUUCCAGCAAGGACGAUGACGAUAAGGAUGGUGAUGACAAGGAUAGCUCUUCUGCUGCUUCCACUGGCACAGCUACCGGCACUGCUUCUUCCAGCAGCGAGACUUCCUCCGAGACUGGUAACGCUGCACCUUCUUUGGCGCCCAAGAGCGGAAUGAACACUGUCGGCCUUGCCAUCGGUGCUCUGCUCUUUUCCUCUUUCGCUGCUGGUAUUUUCCAGCUGUAA